AUGGUUUCUAUCAAGACAUUUGGUAGCCAGUCAGCUACAGUCUCAAGCCAAACAACCUCAGAAAAGCUUCAGCCUCCAUCUGAGUACCUUGACUAUUUAAAUAAGCGAGGAGAAUCAAUCCAAGACUUUGACCUCAAAAAGCAAUAUUUUAAAGAAAUCCUCAAUGUCUACAAAAACUCUAAAAUGCAAAUAAGCCUUCCUUCAAUUGCACAAAUGAUCAAUUUUGAUGAUGAACCAAUAAUUAUUGAAGCAAUCGACGUUCUAAGCCUUAUGCUUCAAAAUAAUGAUGAAUCCAUUAAUGCAAUGAUUUAUAAUGGAGUCCUUAUAGAUUUACUCAAAUUGUGCGGAAAUAAGUCCUCAGAAAAAAUUAUCAAAGCAGCUAUCAGCUUUUUACUAGAAAUCAUAGAAAUUAGUGAACAAGCAAGAUUUCUUUUGUACUUUUCAGGGAAAAAGGAAACACUUGCAAAGUUAAUAAUGGCUGAAAACAAACUAAUAAGCACAAAAGCCAUUGACAUUAUUUAUAAAGUCUAUUAUCCAAAUGAAGAUGCUAUUCGAAAGCUAUUUUCACAUGAAAAAUUAUCCAUUUCUAAAGAAACUAAUGAAUCCAAAGGUUGGAUAAAUAACUAUUCCAUUGCAAUAAUAUUAAGCAAAGUUAUAGAAAGCGUGCCAGAUGAAGUGGAAAGAAUUAUCGAGCUUAAAAUUAUUGAUUCUUUAUUAGAAUCUUUAGGAGAACAUUCAAUUAUUAUUGUAAAUACUUCAUUAAUGUGCUUGUCAUAUAUGAUAAGGUUUGGGAAAUAA